UGUAGCGGACUCUGAGAUGACGAGGAAAGGGAAGCGUCCUCUACUAAACUCCGACAGCAGGAACGACAUGGGACAAACAAGCAGCUUCUUCUUCUCUCCUCACAUGACGGUGUAAUCUGAACUCAGUCUUACAGGCCAGUCCUGUGACUGACCAGUGACUGACCAAGGGUGUGCCCCGCUGAGACCUCUGGUUAUGGUGUUGUGGUGAACAGACGCAGGCUGGAUGCUCUGCCUGAACUUUGAUAUCAACUCUUUGCACUAAGAAAACCUGAGCAGAUCAAGGAUAAGUGACAUAAUCCAUGCAGCCACACAGGAAACCAACAGCUAACUAAGGACUUAUUUCCAAAUAAAUCCCUGCAGGCAUGGAGAAGGUGGAGAAGGAUGACCCACCGCUCAGUGAAAUCUUGUGUGCAAUCAGAGAGCUAAAGGAAGACUUUGCAUCAAAGUUUGAAAUAGUCAAGUCAGUGCAGUCCAGGCUAACAGAGGCUGUUGAGCGUCUUGGAUUAGUAGAAGAUGAUUCCUCAGCGCUGAAUAAAACGACACAGCAGCUUCAUCAGAAAAUUGAGAGCCUAUCUGCAAAAAUAGAAGACCUGGAAAACCCCAGCCACAGAUCCAACACACAGCUUGAAGGCUAUCCGGAAAAUACUGAGGGGAAAGAUGCAUGUGCUCUUCUGGAAAAAUGCAUACCUGAAGUGAGGAUCGCUGAUUCUUUUUCAACACCUGUCGUUGCUAAGAGGGUGCACCAAAAUCCAUCUGGUGGAGACAAGAACGGAGCAAAGGAGCUGCAGGCACCAGGUGGGAGAUCUUCUAAGGAACAGAGAGAGGACAGACAGGAGGGAGCCCCUCCCUCUGCAAACUCUCUGAGUGGGGAACAUGAAGACCAGACCAAAGCUCUGAGCCCGAGUCAGCUCAGACCAGACUCUCCUGGACCUGGAUCUGCUUCCAGCUGUGUGUCCCUCAGCAGUGACCGGUCCAUAGAUGAGCCACUUAAGUUUAAAGCUGGUCUCCAGUCUUCAAUGAAAAGCCCAAGUCAGCUCAGACCAGACUCUUCUGGACCCAGAUCUGCUCCCAGCUGUGUGUCCCUCAGCAGUGACCGGUCCAUAGAUGAGCCUCUUUACUUUAAAGCUGGUCUCCAGUCUCUAGUUAAAAGCCCGAGUCAGCUCAGACCAGACUCUCCUGGACCUGGAUCUGCUCCCAGCUGUGUGUCCCUCAGCAGUGACCGGUCCAAAGAUGAAACAAUUUACUUUAAAGCUGGUCUCCAGUCUCCAGUGAAAAGACUUCAGCAGCAGAUAUCAGAGGUUCACACUGGUUGGUCUGACAUGCAGCAUCAAACACAGUUGGACUCCAUAUUUAUGAUGCUUGAGGAGAACAUUGUCUUGUUUGUGAAGAGCGAGCUGAAGAGGAUCCAGAGAUCUCUGAGUCCAGAUUACCCAGAAUACUUAGAGAGUCAAAGGGAGGGUGAGGAGGUGUUGGAUGGUGAGGAAGAGGAGCAGAGGAGGAGCAGCAGGGAGGCGUUUCUGAAGAUCACUGUGAACUUCCUGAGGAGAAUGAAGCAGGAGAAGCUGGUUGACUGUCUGAGUGAUGGAGAGAGGAAAUGGAGUCAACAUGGGACAGGAACUAGUUCUUCAGACUGCCAGAGUAAACUGAAGUCUAACCUGAAGAAGAAGUUCCAGUGUGUGUUUGAGGGGAUUGCUAAAGCAGGAAACCCAACCCUUCUGAAUCAGAUCUACACAGAGCUCUACAUCACAGAGGGAGAGACUGGAGAGGUCAACGAUGAACACGAGGUCAGACAGAUCGAAACAACAUCUAGGAAACCAUACAGACCAGAAAUAAUUAUCAAACAAGAAGACAUCUUUAGAGGCAUACCAGGAAGAGAUGAACCAAUCAGAACAGUGAUGACAAAGGGCGUGGCUGGCAUUGGGAAAACAGUCUUAACACAGAAGUUCACUCUGGACUGGGCUGAAGGCAAAGCCAACCAGGACAUCCAGUUCACCUUCCCAUUCACUUUCAGAGAGCUGAAUGUGCUGAAAGGGAAAAAGUUCAGCUUGGUGGAGCUUGUUCAUCACUUCUUCAAUGAAACCAAAGAAGCAGGACUAUGCAGGUUUGAAGAGUUCCAGGUGGUGUUCAUCUUUGACGGUCUGGAUGAGUGUCGACUUCCUCUGGACUUCCACAACAACCAGAUCCUGACUGACGUUGAAGAGUCCACCUCAGUGGAUGUGCUGCUGACAAACCUCAUCAGGGGGAACCUGCUUCCAUCUGCUCACCUCUGGAUAACCUCACGACCUGCAGCAGCCAAUCAGAUCCCUCCUGAGUGUGUUGACAUGGUGACAGAGGUCAGAGGGUUCAGAGAUCCUCAGAAGGAGGAGUACUUCAGGAAGAGAUUCAGAGAUGAGGAGCAGGCCAACAGAAUCAUCUCCCACAUCAAGAUAUCCAGAAGCCUCCACAUCAUGUGCCACAUCCCAGUCUUCUGCUGGAUCACUGCUACAGUCCUGGAGGAUGUGCUGAAGACCAGAGAGGAAGGAGAGCUGCCCAAGACCCUGACCGAGAUGUACAUCCACUUCCUGGUGGUCCAGACCAAAGUGAAGAACAUCAAGUAUGAUGGAGGAGCUGAGACUGAUCCACUCUGGAGUCCAGAGAGCAGGAAGAUGAUUGAGUCUCUGGGAAAACUGGCUUUUGAGCAGCUGCAGAAAGGAAACCUGAUCUUCUAUGAACCAGACCUGAUGGAGUGUGGCAUCGAUAUCAAAGAGGCCUCGGUGUACUCAGGAGUGUUCACACUGAUCUUUAGAGAGGAGAGAGGACUGUACCAGGACAAGGUGUUCUGCUUCAUCCAUCUGAGCGUUCAGGAGUUUCUGGCUGCUCUUCAUGUCCAUCAGACCUUCAUCAACUCUGGAGUCAACCUGAUGGCAGAAGAACAAACUCCAUCACUGACCCCUAAAAGAGUUAGUUACAACAAUAAGCUGAACCAUCUCCAUCAGAGUGCUGUGGACCAGGCCUUGAAGAGUCCAAAUGGACACCUGGACUUGUUCCUCCGUUUCCUCCUGGGUCUGUCUCUGCAGACCAACCAGAAUCUUCUCCAAAGUCUGCUGAUACCGACAGGAAGUAGCUUAGAGACCAACCAGGAAACAGUCAAGUUCAUCGAGACAAAGAUCAAUGAGAGUGUGUCUGCAGAGAAAAGCAUCAAUCUGUUCCACUGUCUGAAUGAACUGAAUGAUCCUUUUCUGGUGGAGAAGGUCCAAGACUCCCUGACAUUAGGAGGUCUCUCCACAUGUGAACUAUCUCCUUCUCAGUGGUCAGCUCUGGUCUUCAUCUUACAGUCAUCAGAAAAAGAUCUGGAGGUGUUUGACCUGAGGAAAUACUCUGCUUCAGAAGAGGGUCUUCUAAGGCUGCUGCCAGUGGUCAAAGACCCCAAAAAAGCUCUGUUGAGUAGAUGUAAUCUGUCAGAGAGAAGCUGUGAAGCUCUGUCUUCAGUCCUCAUCUCCCAGUCCUCCAGUCUGAGAGAGCUGGACCUGAGUAACAACGACCUGAAGGAUUCAGGAGUGAAACUGCUUUGUGUUGGACUGGAGAGUCCACACUGUAAACUGGAAGCUCUCAGGUUCAUUGGAUGUAACCUGUCAGAGAGAAGCUGUGAAGCUCUGUCUUCAGUCCUCAGCUCCCAGUCCUCCAGUCUGAAAGAGUUGGACCUGAGUAACAACGACCUGAAGGAUUCAGGAGUGAAACUGCUCUGUGUUGGACUGGAGAGUCCACAUUGCAAACUGGAAAGUCUCAGUCUAUCAGGCUGUAUGAUCACAGAGGAAGGAUGUUCUUCUUUGGCCUCAGCUCUGAACUCCAACCCCUCCCAUCUGAGAGAGCUGGACCUGAACUACAACCAUCCAGGAGAAUCAGGAGUUCAGCUUCUGUCUGCUGGACUAGAGAAUCCACUCUGGAGACUGGAAAGUCUCAGGAUGGACCACGGUGGAGAGCUGAGGUUAAAGCCUGGUCUGAAGAAGUAUUUCUGUGAACUCACACCGGACCCAAACACGGCACACAGAAAGCUCAAACUGUCUGAAGACAACAGGGAGGUGACAAAUUUGACGGAGUUUCAGCCAUAUCCUGAUCAUCCAGACAGAUUUGAACGCUGGGCUCAGCUGCUGUGUAGAGAUGGUCUGACUGGUCGCUGUUACUGGGAGGUCGAGUGGAGAGUAGGGAUUGAAAUAUCAGUGAGUUACAGAAGAAUCAGAAGGAAAGAAAAGAGUGACAACUCUGAUUUUGGACGUAAUGAGAACUCCUGGUGUCUGGUCUGUUCUGAUCAAGCUUUCACUGUCUGGCACAAUAACAUACGAAGAUUCGUCCCUCACUCCCAGUCCUCCUCCUCUGGUAGAGUAGCAGUGUAUGUGGACUGUCCUGCUGGCUCUCUGUCCUUCUACAGCGUCUCCUCUGACACUCUGGUCCACCUCCACACCUUCAACACCACAUUCACUCAACCUCUCUAUCCUGGGUUUGGAUUCUGGGCUGACUCCUCAGUGUCUCUGUGUUCUCUGUAGGAGGAAGAGUCUCCUCCUCUUCACAAACAUUAAAUGCUGAGUGUUUUCACCUUUAGAGAAAAAAAGGUAAUAAACGUUUAAAGAUAUUUCCAGAUACAGUGACUUAAUUUCUCCAAACUCAAACAAAAAAAGUUCAGAAGUCUCCAAAUGUCUUCCAGAAUGAGCCACAGAUUCCAAACCUUGUUCUCUCUCCUACAAACUGAUUAGUUCCUCCAAAACCAAACACACAGCUAUCAUCUGUUUCUGUCUAACAGAGCAUCAAAUAAACGCUGACAGAUCAAUUCAGAACACCCCCAUCAAAAGAGAUCAUGUCUGUCUGGUCUUCAUCAGGACAUGUUACUGAUUCAAAUAGAGACAAAAGAGGAAAUCAGUUUACUUGGAUCAUGUUGGAGAAGUGUAGGGUUUGUUUGACCUGAAUAGGAAACAGUCCUACAUGGAUGUGGAGGUCACAUGUUCUCUACUUACAUGUUGUACCUGACACGCCAGAUAGCCUGUUUCACAUAGUGAUGGCAUCAUGGGAUAUAUCUCACAUCCAUGUGGGCAACACCCCAUAGACGGUGUCUGAGCUCGUUUUUAACUCAGUUUGGACUCUCUGUGCAGAUCUGACAGUGUUAGAUUAGAUAUGAAUUUAAAAAUGUAUUUACCAUCACAUCAGAGCUCUGAAAAUCCAACAAUGAUGAGCAACACAAGCUCACUGCUGAUUUCCUCAUUAUUUGUUGUAUUUGAUGAACAAACGUUUCUUUAUCGCUUUAUUUUUUUCAUUUUUAAGAUCUACUUCUUGGUUUUUCAUGCCCCUUUUGACAGAGGAGGACAGUGGACAGACUCAGAAACAGGGACGAGAGAGCUGUUAUAUCACAAUAUCACUUUUCCUGCUGGACUGGAGAAGUUUGGACUCAGGAUCUCAUAACUGCUGUUAUCAAAGCUUCACUCAACAAGACAUUUUCAGUUUUGGAUGAGCUACAGACAAUGUAGCACAACUGUAUGUUUCUUGUUCUAAUAGCUGGAAGACAAAGUUACUAUUUCACUCUAAAUCUUCCAUGGACCAACAGUGCCAUCUACUGUCCUGUUCUGGUUAUUACGUACAGUAUAUUGUUACCGUUAAGUUUUCUUUCAUGACUUGAUAUGAAAUGAUUCCUCUUAUGGACUGGGAUCAUUUUUAUCUGAUGAAGGGUGAGAUUUGAACAUGAUAUUCUGUAUUUUGGCCUCUCUGGGAGGAGCAAAAAACCCCUUUAAAAAAUCCUGUUAAUUACAAAGUGGCGCUUUCAAUCACGCGCAGUUCUCUUUUGCGUUUAGUUCUUUGCUUUUCACCUGUUUCUAGCUUUUCUUUUCCAAGCUUUGGCCUAGGUGAGUCUUAGGAUUUAGCUUUAUUUAGUUCUAGGUUUGUUUAUGCAUUAUUUCAUCUUUUGUUGCGAUAUCUCAAAUAUUUUUUAAACUGUUUGUAACGUGGUCUAAACCCUGCAAACUUGACAGCCAAAUUCACUUUCCUGUUAAAUUCCUCAAUAAAGUCUGAAGUGUUGUCGGCUGGCCAGAGACAUUAUUGUUGAUAGUUAUUUGGGUGAAUUGAGGAUUUGUUUUGGAACUGGACAAGUCAACACAAAUCAGUGGAGAGGAAAGCUUGGCGUGUCGGACCGUCACCUGAAUAGGACUCUUUGAAAUCCGUUUUAUGUUUUUACAAAUUCCGUUUAUUCUGUUACUUUUUUGGAAAUCCGUUAUUUAGCCUUUCCACUAAUUUUGCCAUAAAAAUAGUGUCUUGUUUAUGUAAAUGAGUAAAAUCUUCACUAAUUAAGUAGGAAUAACUUUACAUUUAUUGAAAAAGGGCCACAGUUGGCCCAUGAGCCGUUGUUUGGAUAACCCUGACACAAAAUAAAUAUAACCAGUGUAACAGUCAGAUAUUUCCAACUUUUUAUGACACAUCCACGUGUAUAAUCACAUCUUAACUGAUGUUUAUUAUGUAAAUGAAGAAAUCCUUCUCUCUCCGUGACUCUCUGGUGUGGUGAGGUAAAAUAACUCGAAGCACGGAUGAGUUUUCUCAAAAGCGAAACAUUAAGUCACCCUGUACUGCCCCGUGUUGAGCUAUGUGAUGUUUGCCGGUGUUUCGUGCAGCUGCUUUGACAUGCUGUUAUUGUUUAGGAGGGGGCGGGGUGAGUGUUUGUGAAGUGAGGCACAAGUUGUGCCCCGCUUUAGUGUUCCCCUUGGAACAUAUUCCUCAGAUAUAUGUUCCUCUUUCUAAAAACACACAAAAUUUCAGUCAAAUUCAUUCAAUUUCCGUGUUUUUCCACGUUAAAUAGUAAAAUCCGUUUUUAUUGCCCAAUUCCGGGAUUCCGUUAAUGUGGAAAUCAUAAGGCCCUACCUGAAGGGAUCCACCAAGCGCCUCUAAACUUUGCAGAACUGAUCAGCUCCUCAACUACCGGAUCCAAGAUCCGCAUCAGCUGAUCCAAGUGGUAGCCUUAGACAGUCCUCUUUCAGCUAGAUGGUUAAUCUCUGGUACCCCAUCCCAGGUGAUUCCUGUCUAACUCCUUAUGAACGAGUUGAUUUGUUUCAGUCGGGUUCCAUUCAAAGCCUCUCAUUAAGAUUAGACCUACUUUUUUAAAUUUAUUCUCAAAUUCAACAGUUCAGUUAUUUUUCCUCAGUUUCAGAUCAAACUCACCCUUCAUCAAAUCAGAUUAUGAUCACCUGUAAUUAUUAUGUUCAGCCAUUUCCUGUUCUCUUUAUUUUCUAUAUUUUAAUCCAUAUUAGUUACAUUGUAAUCCUGUUAUUCACAAUAAAUCUUUAA